GCACUUCUACGGUACGACCAUCCUGAAAGGGAACAGUGAGCCACCCAAACCCAAACUGCUCGGUACCAAACGAUAGCAUCCGACUAGUCACACUUCGCACUUGUAUAUCGCACGCGUGCAUAUAUCAAGUUCACACGUCGCUUCGCUUAUCUUACAUACUCACUAAGCCUGGAUCAUGCGUUCAGCUAUGCUGUCUACGCUACCUACCGCGGCAGUGCUGCUUGCAGCCUUUGUGGCAGCUCAAACCCCAGCAAUGACCCCUGCACCUACUCCAGCCACCACAUCAUUCGUUCCAACCCUCACAGCCGUCUCGGAAUGUCACCCACACAGUACAGUUCUGUGGUGCAUGGCUGGUACCGAAGAGUACCAGGUCGUAGGACCUACCAAAACUGAAGAGUUCCAAGCACAGUAUACGGACUGUCACACACAUGGCUCCGAGACGUUUUGUGUCGAUGAGGCUGGUGAAGACGUUCAAGUUCUUACCGAAGCUGCGGAAGCAGCUCCAGAACCAAAGCCAUCAUCAGGUGGCAAGAAAGACUGCCACUUCCACGCCGGCGUCGAGCACUGCGUCGGUGGCGAUGAGGGUUCGUCUGCUGCAGCAUCGUCGGGUGGCAAGAAAGACUGCCACUUCCAUGCCGACGUCGAGCACUGCGUGGGUGGAGAUGAGGAAUCGAAUUGCGAUGCCACUCAGCGAGACUACAAUAUCGGUCUACGAGUCGGUCUCCUCUUUGUCAUCCUUGUCACCAGCGCCAUUGGUGUCUUCACCCCUGUGUUGACCAGGAAGUUCAAUCUCGUCGGAGAUAACAACAUCAUCUUCGUUGUCUUGAAGCAGUUCGGAACUGGCAUCGUCAUCUCCACCGCAUUCAUUCACCUUUUCACCCAUGCAGAUCUCAUGUUCGGGAACAGUUGUCUGGGUGAGCUGAAGUACGAAGGAACAACCGCCGCCAUCUUCAUGGCCGGUCUUUUCUUGUCGUUCCUGAUCGACUAUCUCGGUGCGCGCUUUGUGCAGUGGCGCCAGGGCAAGCAGGUCGGCGGUAACGCUGAUGUCUCCACUGUCAGAAGCAACGACAAGUCCAGCAACACAUCUACCUCGGCACCUGCUGAUCCUGAAUCCAACCACAGCCAUGCUCAUGGCUCCGCACGCGCUUUGACGCCAAUGGAAGCGAAGAUUAACGUCAUGAACCUCGAGGCUGGUAUCAUCUUCCAUUCAAUCCUCAUUGGUAUUACACUCGUAGUGUCAGGUGACUCUUUCUUCAUCACACUAUUUAUUGUCAUUCUCUUCCAUCAGAUGUUUGAAGGCAUCGCGCUGGGAACCUGCAUUGCCGAGCUUCCUCCUGCUGCUGCCGGUACACUACAAAAACUCCUCAUGGCCGGUCUUUUUGCGCUCAUUACACCGCUCGGUAUGGCAAUCGGCAUCGGCGUGCUUAACCAGUUCAACGGAAAUGACCCCAGCACCAUCGUUGCCAUCGGAACGCUCGACGCGCUUUCCGCUGGUAUCCUGGCGUGGGUUGGUAUUGUAGAGAUGUUGGCGAGGGACUGGAUGAGUGGAAAUUUGCUGCAUGCUGGUCCGCUCAGGACUUCGUUGGCAAUGUUUGCGCUCAUUUGCGGGUUGGUGCUCAUGAGUGUACUGGGCAAGUGGGCUUGAAUGAAUACCGCUAGUCAUACCCGGAGGUUUACUGUGCAGAGAUUGGGCUGCAGAUUUAGACUAGAUCGUUCUCCAGUUUAUUAAUGUACUUGUAUCCCCUACGUUUAUGCUUGGAAGUGAUCGAUCAUUCCGUUAUGGUACCCUUCAUGCUUUGCUUUCCAUAACUAUCCCAAAUCCCCAGUUGCCAAUGUCCGUCGGUCUCCCUUUCCCCUUCCUUCGUAGCAGUUUUUUCUAGUAGAAUUCGAUACGGCUCAUCCACAUAUAGUGGGCUCAUAGCGCGAUAGGAGAUCGACUUGGGCACCGCCUCUGUGUCUCCGCUCUUACUGGUGUCUCUCCAAAAGUCCAGCAUGUUGACCAGGUUCAGGGGGCCAUGAACAACAGCAUUCCUAUGACCCUCUACCUCUCUGCACCACUCAGGCAGGUAAUGUAUCUUAUGACCAUUGAAUGUCAAUGC